GGCGUCUCUGUCACUGCGCGCUGGGGACACGUUUUACCGGCGGUGGCACUUUUCAAUAUCCAUUAUUUACCAGGCGGCGCUUUCUACCUUAUUAAAGAAGGAUCCGUGGGAAAGGAUGAAGAAGUAGGAACUUUCAGUCAAAGAUAAAGUCCGAACCUUCCAGGCAGAAGCGGGAGAUGAGAGGGAGGAAUGAGAGCUCUGCAUCCCUGCUGUGCGCGCUGCCAAAAUGAUGGCCAUCAGAAGACAGGAUUGUCUCUUGUGCUCUGGGACUUCUUUAUUAAUUCCUCUCUAAAAUAGAUCUUCAUCUUCUUAUAGAGACAAACAUGAACGAUAGUAUUGUUUCAAACGAAUCCUGUCACAAUUACACCAGCAUCGUGGGUCGUGGGGGCAGACCGACCACGAGCAUCAUCAUGUUCCUGGCGGGGGUCGGGGGGAACCUGCUGGCCCUCUUCAUCCUCGGCGUGCACCAGAAGGAGCACCGCUCCAGGUCGUCCGUGUUCUGCAUCCUGGUGACCGGCCUGGCCCUCACGGACCUGCUGGGCACCUCCCUGCUCAGCCCGCCCGUGUUCAUCUGCUACGCCUACAGCAGGUCCAUGGUGGGCCUGGGCGGGGACGGGCUGUGCAGCCUGUUCGGCUUCGCCAUGAGCUUCUUCGGCCUGGCGCCCACGCUCAUCCUGUGCGCCAUGGCCGUGGAGCGCUGCCUGGCCAUCAGCCACCCCUACUUCUACUCCGUGCACAUCCGCCGCAGCUUUGCCAAGUUCACACUUUUCUUUAUUUACCUCUUCUCUUUGGGCUUCUGCCUCUUGCCGUACAGCGGUUACGGUAAAUUCCGCCAGUACUGCCCCGGGACGUGGUGCUUCAUGGACAUGGACGCCACGGGGGACGCGCACGCCGACCUGGUGCUGGCCUUCUCUCUGUCCUACUCCUCUCUCAACGCGCUGCUCAUCCUGGCGGUGUUGUUGUGCAACGGCUCGGUGAUCGUGAGCCUGUGUCAGAUGCACCGGAGCCAGAUGAUCCGCCGAGGCUCGGUGGGGUCCACGGGGAGGAAGAGGAAGAUGAGCCUGGCCUGGUUCGGCCAAGGGGAGGAGGAGAUGGAUCACCUGGUGCUGCUGGCGCUCAUCACUCUCAUCUUUGUGGUGUGCUCCUUACCACUAACGAUUGCAGGCUUUAUCAACGCCAUUCAUCCGUUUAAUGGAGACAAGGAGAAUUUGACAGCUUUCCGCUUCUACGCCUUCAACCCCAUCGUGGAUCCUUGGGUCUUUAUUAUCUGCCGCAAGUCUGUGUUUCGCCACCUGUGCUCUCUGAUGAGCUUUCGCUUUAGCAAAGGAGCGGUGAAGACAACGGCACACUGUGCUUUGUCUUUACCACUUGAUAAUGCCAUUUCACGCAACCCCUAGAUGUGACCGUGUUACAGAUCAGCAUGAACUACUGUUUGAAAGCCACGGAUACAGCUGGCUGUGAAGAAUGAAGGACUGAGGGCAGCGGGACGGUCGUGCCUAGAAAAACUUUGCAGCA